UAAACAUAGGUGACUAGUUGUACCGUGUGGACUGUGGUCACGACUCACAAGGCACAAACAUGUCAAAUAUGAAACAGACACAUUGGAUGAUUGGAAAGAGAAGGUUAUCAUAAUAACACGCCUUAUCAAUAUAUUAUCUGUCUUAUCAGUAACACAGUAAACUUUGCCUUUAUUGCGAAAGUUUACACUUCUUGUUCUUAAAUUUAAAAUGAAAAAUCAAGCUUUAAAUACUUCAACAGCUGUGGCGGCGAUAGGUGCCGUUGGUGGGGCUUACAUAGCGUACAGUGUUUACAACAAGUACAAAAAGAACAAACUACCCGAAGAAUGGACUCAGGUCGGAACCUUAAAAGAGCUCUACGUAUAUCCAAUUAAAUCAUGUGGACCUGUGACUUUAGAUCGAGUCGAGUGCAGCCUUAUGGGGGUGAAAAAGGGGUGGUUGAGAGAUCGGGUUUUGAUGGUGGUGGAUGCAAAGUACAAUUUCAUUACUGCCAGAGCAUAUCCAGAAUUACUUGGGGUAGAAACUUCAGUCAAGAGCUCUGUUCUGACUAUGAAAUAUAAAAAUAUGGAGCCCCUGCAUGUUAAUCUGGCUGAAAUUGUGUCGUCACAUCUAGAGCCGAAGACUGCUACGGUGUGGUCCAUUGAAGUGCCUGUCUUCGACUGUGGGUUAGAAGCGUCCGAGUGGUUUACUACCGUCCUCGCUAGACCAGGCGCCACUUACAGGCUGGUGUACUACGCGGCCAACAACAGCCGGAAACUGAUAAACAGCUUGAAACUGUACAAAUUUCAGGAACAGGAUACGGGUGCGUUUCCCGAUGAAACCUCAUAUAACUUGAUAAAUGAAGUGUCGAUACAAGAGUUGAACACCAGGCUCAAGACUUCGACCGCGACGGUUCAAAACUAUAGACCCAAUUUCGUGGUGGCCGGGGGGCAACCUUACGCUGAAGAUUCUUGGAAGUUUGUUAAAAUUGGCGACAACGUCUUCGAAAUUAUUAAACCGUGCACAAGAUGUCUUCUCACAACCAUUGACCCGGAAACCGGAGUACGUAAUAUGGAGGCGUUGGAGACAUUGAAAAGGUAUCGCCAGAUAGAAAACGAAAAGCUACGUAAAGCUGCGGGCAACUCGCCGCGAUUGGGUUUGCAAAUGGCGCUGCGCUCCAGCCCUGGAGGACUAAUAUCUGUGAAUGAUCCUGUUUACUAUGCUUAACGGUCUUGAUACUCUUACAUCUAUUAUUAUAAGCCGAAUCAAUAAAGAAAAUAAUUUAAAAUGGC